GAGGAAUUGAGGAUUGGCUUUCGUUUUGUGGUUGGUUUCUACAACUACAUGAGAAAAGGAGAAGAUACCAAGAAGAACAAGUACAACCUCUCUUCGGGAGCAGCAGCUUGGCCACUCCACCAACAACAGCUGUUCCUCCGCUGCUCUCUGCUACUGUGCGCCCUCGUUGCCUCCCGUGCGCCUCUCGCUUUCUCUCCUCCUAACCUGCGCACUUGCCCUUCUUCUGCUUCUGACUCACCAUCAUCCUCCCACCCCGCUUCCCCUAAUCCUAUCCAACGCCGCUCUUCUCCCUCUUCUUCACCCUUCUUCACCCAGCCGCCGCUCCCCUGUUGCGAUCCCAUCGUCGCCGGCCCCGUCCGACAGAUCCCCAGCUCGGAUCGCCGGCUCCGAUCCAUGUCCAAGGCCCGGGUUUACACCGACGUCAACGUCGUCCGCCCCAAGGAGUACUGGGAUUACGAGUCUCUUACUGUUCAGUGGGGUGAUCAAGAUGAUUAUGAAGUUGUCCGCAAAGUUGGAAGGGGAAAGUACAGCGAGGUUUUUGAAGGCAUAAAUGUCAAUACCAAUGAGCGAUGUGUUAUCAAGAUCCUAAAACCUGUUAAGAAAAAGAAGAUCAAGAGGGAGAUAAAGAUACUUCAGAACCUUUGUGGUGGCCCUAAUGUGGUCAAGCUUCUGGAUAUUGUCAGAGAUCAGCACUCAAAAACUCCAAGCUUGAUAUUUGAAUAUGUGAAUAGCACAGACUUCAAAGUUCUAUAUCCAACUUUGACUGAUUAUGAUAUACGCUACUACAUGUAUGAACUUCUAAAGGCUUUGGAUUACUGCCAUUCGCAAGGAAUCAUGCACAGAGAUGUCAAACCUCACAAUGUCAUGAUUGAUCAUGAAUUGCGUAAACUCCGACUGAUUGACUGGGGUCUUGCUGAAUUUUACCAUCCUGGCAAGGAAUACAAUGUUCGGGUUGCAUCCAGGUACUUCAAGGGGCCUGAGCUCUUAGUUGAUCUCCAGGACUAUGACUAUUCUUUGGAUAUGUGGAGCCUUGGUUGCAUGUUUGCUGGAAUGGUGAGAAAUUACACCUUGUCGAGGCCUUCGUGCUUGCUCAUCUAUUGUCCUUUAUGCUGUUUUCCUAAGGAUUUACCUAUGUCUACUGACAAUGACCUGCAGAUAUUCAGGAAGGAACCUUUCUUUUAUGGUCACGACAACCAUGAUCAACUUGUGAAAAUUGCUAAGGUACUCGGAACUGAUGAGUUGAAUGCAUAUCUAAACAAAUACCAUCUAGAGCUUGAUCCUCAACUUGAUGCACUUGUUGGAAGGCACAGUAGGAAGCCGUGGUCCAAGUUUAUUAAUGCAGAUAAUCAGCAUCUUGUUUCCCCCGAGGCAAUUGACUACCUUGACAAGCUCCUUCGAUAUGAUCAUCAGGACCGGUUAACUGCGAAAGAAGCAAUGGCACAUCCAUAUUUCGCACAGGUGAGGGCUGCAGAAAGCAGCAGAAUGAGGACACAGUAGCGGGGGGCUGGUCGUAUGAACUCUGCCCAGUGAAGUAGACGCCAUUAUCAUAUGGGGACUAUAAUGGUCGUGAUUAGAACUCUUACUUGAUUGCUUUCAUGUAGUAAAGUGCGGGGGGCAUUGUGCCAUGCUUAUCCAUUUAUUCGUCCACCCCACAUGGUUGCUUCCCGGAUGAUGCAUAAGUUGUACCAUUGAAACAUAAAAUUUCUUUAUCUUCUACAACUUUCUUCAAUUGUUAUGUGAGAAGGAAAUUUUCGGGCCCAAGCUCCAGACUUGUUAGUCCCUUGUAAGAGUUCAGACAUAAAAUUGGCAAUUUAAAGUGUGUUAUUCUGAGAUUGCUUUGUUCAUUCCCCUGAG